AUGGGCUUCAGCGAGGAGCAGGCCCGGCGACUCCUGGGGCUACAGCCGCAGCUCUCCCCGGAGCGCCAGGAGGCGGCGGCGGCGCAGCUGCUGCUGCUGGGGCUCAGCACCGAGGCCGCCCUCGACCUGCUGGAGCGGAGCCCGGCACUGCUGAGGCUGCCGACGGAGCGGCUGCGGGCGCGGGCCGAUGAGCUGCGGCGCCUGGGACUCGCUGGAGGUCAGCUGCAGCGGGCGGUGAGCCGCUGCCCCCAGCUCUUCACCGUGCCCCGGCGGCGGAUGGCGGCUGCGGUGCGGCUGCUGCGGGAGCAGUGUCUCUUCACGGCGGAGCAGUUGAGGGAGGUGCUGGGGACCAGCCCCGCUGUGCUCCUGCAGGAGCCACGCCUGCUCCACCACCACUUCCAGUAUGCCUACUUCAGGAUGGGGGUUCAGCAGAAGGAGAUGGUGAAAGCCCGGCUCUUCCAAAUGCCGUUCACCGAGCUCAGGAACCGGCACAGCUUCCUGGAGCGGCGGGGGCUGUACCAGACCCCGUACAAAGGCCAGAGCCAAACCAGUAACCCAAUACUGAAGAGCGUCCUUCAGCUACCAGAGAAAGAAUUCUUGGAGAGCUUGGCUUGUGCCACCCCAGAGGAGUAUGAGGUCUUCAAGAAGAUGCUGGCUAGAGAAGAGGAGGGUGAAGAAGAGGAGGAGGACAGUGAUGCACUAUACACAGUGGAAACUGAUGUCUUGGAUAGCGAAAGAAUUAAAACAGCCUGGAAGUGAGGAGGUGAAAGACCAAGGUGCCUGAACUCUGCCCUGCUAGUGUAGUCCCUUGCCCCAUUGUGCUCAUGGGUGCUCUGGGCCACCACUGCCCACCAAGAGCUGCAAGCCUUGGCAGCUGCAGGGCUCUGAGUGCAGGGCCCUGCUGAGGGGCAGCAACAGCUCUCAUUUCUGAAUAUAACCACUUCUUUUC